UUAUUGAGGGAAGGAUAUGAGAGCUGGUGUGAGGACUGGGGAAAUGUUGGGCGAAACUAGAAACACAAGAAGACCAGGUCAAUUACUUUAAAGGUUUUUCCCCACACCUGGAUGAAAGGUAUGGUUACCAUGGCUGCUGCUGGCCCUGCCGGUGUUGGCCGGGAAAGCUGCCUUUUACACACAAGUGUUGGCGUCAGCUCAGUUAGCAGGCCAGCCUGGUUGCUGCUCUUGGACUCUUGUCUAAACAGGACAGGGCCUUCAGGCAACCGCAGGGGCGGGGGUGUCUGUGAAUGGCAGCCCAAUCCGGCCAGACCAACCAUGGGGGAGGACCCUGCUCUUUCUUAAGCUCCAGCAAGUCAAGCCAGGGCUAGAAAGUCAGACAGCCUGCCGCCCCUUGGGAUCUCCACCUGUCUUUCCAGAGCUGGGAAGAGAAGCCCAGCCCUGCAGAGACUGGGAACAGAGACCAGCCUGGCCACAUCACCCAAAACCUGCCAGCAUGGCCAACCAGCUGACUGAGGAGCAAAUCGCCGAGUUUAAGGAGGCCUUCUCUCUGUUUGACAAGGACGGGGAUGGCUGCAUCACCACGCAGGAGCUGGGCACUGUCAUGCGGUCCCUGGGUCAGAACCCCACGGAGGCUGAGCUCCGGGGCAUGGUGAAUGAGAUCGACAAGGAUGGGAACGGCACUGUGGACUUCCCCGAGUUCCUGGGCAUGAUGUCCAGGAAGAUGAAAGACACUGACAGCGAGGAGGAGAUCCGGGAGGCCUUCCGAGUGUUCGACAAGGACGGCAAUGGCUACGUCAGUGCUGCAGAGCUGAGGCACGUGAUGACCAGGCUGGGGGAGAAGCUGAGUGACGAGGAGGUGGAGGAGAUGAUACGGGCAGCAGACACGGAUGGAGAUGGGCAAGUGAAUUAUGAGGAGUUCGUCCACGUGCUGGUGUCUAAGUGAGGCUGUGCCAUGGGCUGUUGUCCCGGCGCCUGUGAGGCUCCUGGGCUGCAAGUUUGUCUGGACUAUGGCAGCUCUUCACAGCAGUGAGAAUCUUACCCAGGCGCUGGGUGUAUUCCUCUGUUUCCCAGCUUCCUCUGGGUGCUGUGGCUUCUCUGGCAAAGCUGACUGCAUCUACUCUGAAUUUCUCUCUCUGCAUCUCCUCCAUUAGUUGCUCUCCAACUUGACAGAGAAUGCCCUGAGGCCGAGCCAAGUGCAUCACAUCCUCCCAUUGCUGGGGAGCAGCAGCCCGAUGUCUACAUGGACAGUGAGCCAAGGGACCCACGUUCCUAUUUUCUUUCCUUUUUCUGCUUCCCGCUGACAUGUUCCUUGUUAAGUCUAGAGCAUAAACCAGGCGAGAAUCUCCAUUUAUGUGUGGUUUUUGGAAAUGUAAUGGAUGUCUGGAUUUGCAGGUGUAACAAAAACAGAGAUCGGCCACCUGCUAGGACCGGCUUAGUGACAUCUUAAAAUCCCCCUGCAUAGGGUCCUUAGCAGGCAUCCAACACUUGGGGCCAGGUUGGGCUGUAGCCAUCAGUCCACAUCAGAAUUUCUGGAGCAUCUUGGAUUGAAGACCUCAUCUCCUGUCGGAUUUGGAAAAUGUCUUGGCAUUGAACUGAAGAGUGGCAAUGGAGACUGAUGACUGAGGUCAGGCUGCCUGGAAAAGAGCACUUCCUUGCAGAACUUCCUCGCCCCCUCUGCCUUCUCCAAAUCUCUGUGAUUCAUCUUCGAAGCUGAGAGAAAAGCUGGGGGGUUCACUGUAACAUGCUUGUACUCUUCUGGAAGGAGGGCAGUUGGAACUAAAGGAGGGAAGUUGCCAGGAAAGAAAAAGCAGCCCGUGUAGAAUACUAUUUUGUUUCCUUUUCUUUUGCUUCCAACUAAAACGAUCAUUCUUAAGUCUAGGGUAUAAACCAGUCGGGAAUCUCCAUUGUGUGCGCA